AUGUCAACUUAUUCUUUUCAUCGAAGAAAAAGCAGAGCUUAUAAGGCAAAAACGGCUGUUGAAUUAUUUAAUAAUCUCAACUCAUGGUAUUUGAAUUUAUCACAAAUAAAUCGAACGGAAUAUUAUUUUGAAUUUAAAUUAGCUGAUAAAUUGAGAUUAAAAGGAUUGAGUAAAUGUUCAAACCAACCUUUUGUAAAGAAUCAUCCUGAAGCUUGUUAUAUAAGUCGUUUAUUAAAAUUUUCUAAUCUUCCCGAACCAAUCAAUGAUCUAUUUGGAGACGUUAAUUUAUCACUUGAAAAUUUUACGCGUGGUGAUGAUUCAAAUGAGAAAAUUAGCGAUGUUGAAGUAUAUCUUGACGAUUUGAUUAAAUGGGUUAAAUCAUCUAAGAAAAAUAAAGAAAUUUUUAGACAAAUUGAUAAUUCAAUUUCGUGA